AUGCCUCCUGUCAAAAAAAAACUUGAUAUCAACGUAAAAGUGCCAGUUAGCAAGCGUUUCAUUACUGAUAAUACAGUGAAAACUAUAUUACUCCGUGAGCACGACUGGAACGAGCCUAAGUUAAGCUUCCAAGGAAAGACGAUUGCACAAUCUAACUUAGUUACUAUCAAGCAUCCAGAAGUAAUAGAUGGAUUCGAAAGACAUAAAAGUUCUGUGGAUGCUGCAAAUAAUUUACGUGAUAAUCUGACCUCUUAUCACGACAUUAUCUCAACCGAAAGAUGGGAAAUGCGCUUCUUUAGUUUCUUCUUGAGCCUUGAUGAAGCGAACGCAUACAGUUCCUUCAGGGUCUUCUCUGAGGAAGGUGACUCAAGGGGCCACUCGUCCUUUAAGGAUAAUUUGACCUUCAACUUGCUUGAACAUUGUAAGAAAUUGAAGUCGAGACACAAUGAAGUGGCCCAAGACAGCAACCGAAUGUUUAGAAGUGAUUCUAACCAUUCCUACGUCUCCAUGAGUAAUGCAGGCAACAAAAGAAAGAGAUUGGAUACCAUAAGUUAUCUAUUAUAUGAACAGAAUGAACUAAUCCACUCACAACUAUGUAAUACCUUUGUUCAUCACGGCUUACUUUUAUAUCAAGAAGAAUAUUACAUUGCCAAUGUUCAAAAGAUAGUCACUGGCAUCUUUUUACCUCUAACGCAUUAUUACUCUCUUACCCGUGGUUUAACUAAUCCUCAGUGUCAUUCACCUUUAUGUCCUAAUAAGCAGCUUACUAUCAAUCACUUGAUAGAUCAAGAUCACAUACAGCAAAAAGGAUGGAUAUCGAGCAUAACAAGAUGUAUUAUUAACUCUAUCAGUCAAAAAGGGUUAAAACAACAGGCUGCCAUUUCAGAGUUUUUGCUAACUGAACAACCCUACAUCUAG